AUGUGGUACCAGGCUUGUAAGACAUGCAACAAGAAAGUCACAGAUGCUAUUGAAUCUGGUAUUGGUGUGAAGGAUGUGAAAAGAAUGAUGAUGAGUGCAGUUGAAGGUGAGGGAUUCAUGGAAUUUGAAUCAAUAAGAAUUCAGUACAUAAUGGUAGUGAAAGUUUCAGAUGAUAGUGGUGAAGCUUGCCUUGCUCUGUUUAAUGAACAAGCAGAGAGAAUAUUUGGGUGCUCUGCUGAUGAGCUUGAUAAGCUUAAAUCACAGGAGGGAGAGGAGAACCGAUUCCAGCAGAAAUUGAAGGAAGCUAUUUGGGUCCCUCAUCUUUUCCGGAUUAGUGUUGCACAACAUGAAUACAUGAAUGAGAAAAGGCAGUGGAUAACAGCCAGGGCUGUUGUGGCAGUUGAUUUUGCAGCUGAAUCCAGAUUAUUGUUGGAGGAGAUAUCAAAGAUGAAGACUUCACAAUAG